ACCUUUAUUGUACAUUCACAAAUUUUUCAGCUGUGCUAAGCUAACAGCUUAAGAGCAUCAUACUGAUGUGUUAUGAAGUUCCAAUUAACUUACAAUGAAGAUGCCUUGUCAGUGAUUCGAAUAUGGACUUGAGAAGUAUCACGGAUCAGUCUCCACUGAUCCAAGCCAUAUUUAGCCGAAACGCAGAAGAUGUUACAUCUUUGUUGAACCACAACGAAAAUGUCAACGCACAGGACCAAGAACAAGGGACACCACUUCAUGCUGCUUCUUAUUUGGGUGAUGUCCAUGUUAUGGAAAUACUUAUUAGCUCAGGAGCAAAUAUCAGCGCUAAGGACACUGGGAUGCUUACUCCUUUACAUCGAGCUGCUGCCUCAAGAAACAAAAGGGCUGUGGAGCUGCUGCUAAAACACAAAUCAGAAGUCAACUCGCGGGACAAAUUCUGGCACACACCCUUACAUGUUGCAGCAGCAAACUGGGCCACAAGCUGCGCUGCGGCGCUGAUACCACAUGUUUGCAGCCUGGAUGUUACCGACAAGUUGGGAAGGACACCGCUUCACUAUGCAGCACACAGUGGCCACAGAGAGAUGGUGAACUUGCUUGUGUGCAAAGGAGCCAAUGUAAGCGCCAAAGAUAAGAAGGAGAGGCAGCCAAUUCACUGGGCUGCACACCUUGGGUAUUUGGAGGUUGUGAAACUGCUGGUUUCUCAUGGUGCAAGUGUGACGUGCAAAGACAAGCAUGGUUAUACUCCACUUCACGUUGCAGCUGUCAGUGGACAACUCGACGUGGUCAGCUAUCUGCUGAGACUUCGGGUUGAGCCUGAUGAGCCCAACAGCUUUGGGAACACGGCCCUUCAUAUGGCCUGUUACACGGGGCAGGACAUCGUAGCCUCAGAACUGGUGAACUGUGGCGCCAACCUUAACCAGCCAAGUUACCAUGGCAACACUCCACUGCACAUGGCUGCUGCUUCUUCCUGUGGGGUGAUGUGUUUUGAGCUGUUGGUCAACAACGGUGCUGAUGUCAGCGUGCAGAACAAAGAUGGGAAGACCCCUUUACAUAUAGCUGCAAAGUAUGGACGCUUCACCGGCUCACAGAUUCUGAUUCAAAAUGGUGCAGAGAUUGAUUGUGGGGAUACAAAUGGAAACACCCCACUUCAUAUUGCUGCCAAAUAUGGGCAGGAGUUACUGAUCAGUACUUUAUUGACAAAUGGCGCUGACAAAAACAGACAAGGGAUUCAUGGGAUGCUUCCAUUGCAUUUGGCAGCCCUCUGCGGCUUUCCAGACUGUUGCCGCAAGUUGCUGUCCAGCGGCCAUUUCUACAACUCCAUGCCCUCUGCAGUGGGCAGCCCCAGCUCGGGAGAGGAAUUGGACAUAAACAUGUCAGAUGAUCAUGGGAGGACCGCCCUGCAUGCAGCUGCGUCUGGAGGAAAUGUAGAAUGUCUGAAUUUGCUGUUAAACUGUGGUGCAGAGUUGGAUAUAAAAGACAUUUUGGGGAGAUCUCCUCUGCACUAUGCUGCAGCCAACGGGAACAGCCAGUGCACCGUCUCCCUGGUAAGAGCUGGUGCAGAGGUCAACGAUGCAGACCUGAUGGGCUGCAGCCCUCUUCACUACGCUGCAGCUUCACACGCCUUCUGCGGGGGAGAAACGGUCUCCGGUUCAAGUCUCAGUGAGGAGAAAGAACAUGAAGCUUAUCUGUGUUUAGAUUACUUGCUAGACAACGGUGUGGACCCGACUCUGAAGAACUGUCGGGGUUACAGCGCUGUGCAUUACGCAGCAGCGUGUGGGAACAAACAGCAUCUGGAGCUGCUCUUGGAGAUUUCUUUUAAUUGCCUUGAAGAAGCUGAAAGCAAUAUUCCAGUCAGUCCUUUGCACUUAGCUGCUUAUUAUGGUCACUGUGAAGCACUCGGGCUGCUUUGUGAGACUUUAGUGAGUUUGGAUGUUCGCGACAUUCAAGGGCAAACUGCCCUUCACCUGGCUGCUCAGAGGGGCUUUUCUCAGUGUGUGGAGGUCCUGCUGGAGCAUGGCGCCUCCUACGGCCUGAGGGAGCACAAACGCAGGUGGACAGCUCUGCACGCUGCAGCUGCUGAAGGCCAGGUGGACUGUCUGCUUUUACUCGUCAACUGCAAGCAAAACGUGGACGUCGUUGACAGUCAAGACACACAGGGGCGAACGGCUCUCAUGCUGGCGGCUCUGGGAUGUCACACGGACUGCGUUCACAUCCUCUUAGAGAAAAAAGCCAAUCCUGAUGCAGCAGAUAAAAAAGGCUUCACUGCCCUUCACAGAGUUGCCAUGUUGGGCAGCGAGGAGUGUGAAUCUGCUCUGUUGGAACACGGGGCUUCUGCUCUGUGCAGAGACUUUCAGGGAAGAACGCCGUUGCACCUCGCAGCGUCCUGCGGGCACACAAAGCUGCUCGGUGCCUUGCUAAAAGCUGCCAGGAAAGCGGAUCCUCUGGACUCCAUGCUGGACUUCAGAAGCUACACGCCUACACACUGGGCUGCCUAUCAUGGACAUGAAGGAUGUUUACACGUUUUACUUGAAAACAGGAUUUUUAGCAACCAGGAAGGGAAUCCGUUCACCCCGCUGCACUGUGCUUUAGUCGGUGGAUUUGAUGCUGCUGCGGUGCUGCUAGUAAAGGCUGCUGGGCCUCAAAUUGUCAACAAAAAGGAUGCAAAAGGAAGGAGUCCGCUGCAUGCAGCCGCGCAUUCAGGAAGUGUUGCCGGCCUCCAGCUGUUGCUGACCUGCGGAGCAGAGGUUAAUGCUGUGGAUCACUUUGGGCGUUCUGCCCUGAUGGUUGCUGCUGACUGUGGACAGACUAUGGCUGUUGAGUUCUUGCUGCACAAAGCGAAUCCAGACCUGAGCCUGGUGGAUGCUAAUAAUAACACAGCACUUCACUUGGCCUGCAACAAGGGUCAUGAGAUGUGUGCUCUGCUGAUCCUGGGAGAAAUAACAGAUUCUUCUCUCAUCAAUGCCAGAAAUAACUCUCUUCAGAUGCCCCUUCACAUUGCUGCAAGAAAAGGCCUGGCCACUGUCGUGCAGGUGUUACUAAGCCGAGGUGCAGCCGUCAUGGCUCUAGAUGAGAAAGGACUCACACCAGCUCUGGCCUGCGCCCCAAACAAGAACGUAGCCGACUGCUUGGCCCUGAUCCUCUCCACCAUGAGACCUUUCCCCCCCAGAGAAGCUGACGCCACGACAGCCUCGCACUUCAACCCCAUCCUCAAGAACUGUGCUAUUUCUGCCACCUGUGGCUCUAAUGGAAAUCUGUGUCAUGCCUAAACAGUGGUAUUCUCCGAAGGGAAAAUCCACCACUUAUUGCUGAAAGUGUUAUUCGGUCAUCAUCAAGCACAGACUCAAACAUAAGCCAUUCUCCUCAAUCUGGUGUUGUUUUUAUUAGCGGAAGCUUCCUAUCAUUUACUCUAGCUUGAGUUGUGAAGCACCUAUCAUCAGAACUUAUUCUUUUACUUUAAUAGUUUUACUCCACUGAAUGCCAGUAUUAGCUUUAUAUAAGCUUAAAAAUCCAUACACCUAUUUCUAAGCUGAGCUCUACUUUCCAUUUAACACAUUUUAAACUUUUCCAUGGAAACAUAACAGCUAAAAGACUACCGGUACGUAAAGGUGCUUUUAUUUUGAAGUGAUGCUUAAAUAGGAGCCUUCUAACAUGGGAUACAUAGUGCCUGCCAACAUUAUGUACAGUUUUCGUACACAAACACAGCCGCUUUGAGGCUUUGUGUAAUAACAAUGUUAAAACACUCUGAUAUACAAACUCUGGCAGGAAAGUGUGCCUACUAACAAUGGAUGCAGAGGGAAGGAAUCCUCAGCCUGAAGACGAAGGAAAUCUAUUGCUGAAGAAAACUCAGGACCUUAUCUUAACAAUGAUGGUGUGUGAUUAAAAUAGAUUUGUACAGUUGAUUUGUAUGUCAGGGCAAAGAUUGGUCACCUCCUACUCAGAUGGAGGGUAAAAAGGAGUUCAUGCAACCACUACAAGUAGCAAAAGAAUGUCCUCAGUGUCCUAACUAAAGCGGCGGUGUGUCAUGGGUGGAACAUCCUGCCACCCAGUCAAUAUGCAGUUCCACAUCCUGGUUUAACUGACAUGUUUGGAUUGUUAUGGCAGCCUGCUCCCAUAGCAAUGAAUUUCCUGAUCACUCAAGAUAGUUUUCCUGGGUCAGUUCUUUUUGACUUUUUGAAGUCCUACAUAAUGGAUCUCUGCAAAUAAUGAUUUACAAAACAGCAUGUCACUAAACAAAGUUUUUUCUGUUGAGCAUCCUCCCUCAAUAACUUCCAAAACAUUUUAUUCAUGCACGGUUACGAGGGGUAUUGCAACUGGUCACAAGUUAUUACUCCCAGUAGAAUUUAUUUAAUAGUGUUACAAAAAUCCUGACAUCCUUUCCGCUCGGCAUCCUUUUGUAUUCGGCAUUGCAUUUGUUGCACUUAGGUUAUCAAAGUUAAAAGUGUCAGAGUGAAAUAGUCAUCCUUUUACUAGCAAGGGCUCGUGGAAUUUUCUCCCCAAAAAAGAUUUGUUUGAAAUGGCGUCCUGUCGGGCUUCUGUUUAACAAAAAACUGGGAUCUUUUCAAUGUAAAACUGGUUGAUGGGAUGUAAAAUAGUCCAACCCACCUGCCUGUCUGUGAAGAGACAGAUUCUUUUCAAACUAAUGUUAACUCAGCCUUUUACACACUGAGACCUUUCUACUUUUCUUGUCCUGUCUGAAGUGUUACACAAAAAGCACUCUUGAGAAAAGGAUUCACUUCAGCUGCUUAAAAAACAUAGCUAUCGUUUAAUCUUAUUGCGAAGAGUCAUAUAGAAAUGUAUAAAUACAAAUAUCUUGAAUUGAAGUUGAGCUUUUAUGCCUGUAUUAUCCAGAAACAAAUCUUGCAGUUUUCAUUUAUCGGGAUAAAACCCCAGAUCAGUGUGUUUUGUACUGUAGGUGUGAGGCCUCCACACCAUCUGAUAGAUGCUGCUCAUUGUGCUCAACUUAAAAGAGAAGAAGUUUUAUACUUUAGAAGAAAAGAAGCCAGGCCGAAAAGGGUCCAAGAUGUGAAUCUGUAGCGGUUGAAGAUUAACAUGCCAAGUUUCAAGUAAUUAAAGAUCUUCCUUUUUUUAUUUUCACCAUUUCUUCUAAGCAGGGAAACUCCAAAGAUGUUAAAAAAAACAACAACACUAACAAAUGUUUAGCAUUUUUAAAUGACGAUUUGUGUUUCAGUAUAAUUUGUGUCAUGUUUGUACAACAGAAGAUGAAACCAAAUUUGUUCAAUAUAAAAUUCUAUAAAUCUGUGUUCAAAUGUUCAAAAAUACCUUCUGUUUUGAUUGAUGCUAUACUGUAUCAAAAUACAGUGCAUUUUUGCUGUAGACACAACUUAAAGGAAUAUAUCUGGCAAUAAAUGAGUGCUUAGGAAGCCUAUAAUUGUACAAGUUGUUCUAGCGAAUAAAAGUGUCUUAAUUUUAAGGCCACUUGGUUCACACAAAUAUUAAAGCUUUUUUCUCACAAAACCUUUUUUUUUAGUUUUGUGAGAAUAUUCUUUGCAUUUUCAAAACACAAAAGUCACUUUACUAAAGCAGAAGGUUGGAAUGAUGCUUACUUCCAGGAGUUACUUGUUAGUUUGUGUUUUGCAUUUAUUUUGCAGUGAUUGCAUUGCAUGAACCAACGACUGGAAGCAUUUUAACACUGAUUCCUACUGGAAUGAAGGCAAACCGUUUUCCUGAUGGUCCUUUUUGCAAUAGUUUGUAGAAGAGUAACCUUCACGUGAAUCAAAGCAGCAAAUCUAAAGGCAAAUGAAUUCAUAAAUCUUUUCACACA